UUUUGUCUUCUUCUCAUACACAGAGCCAUCAGAUUUUAUCCUAAUUUACUCUAACAGGUCUGUAUUGGACAAGAACCACUCUCUGUCCUUACACCUGUAUAGUGUGUCUACGGUUCUUUCUUGGCACGCUAUCCCUGUUCUGGCUUUAGGCGGUCAAAUUAUCGCCAUGCCCACACAAACCGGAGCCGAUAGUGUCGACGGCGACAGAGACACAGCACGCAACGACCUCUGGCUCGACAGUACUCCGUCCGCUAUAUACAAGAUGGCCGAGUGAGUAUAGCGAUAGUUAUUAAUCAAACGAUGCUAACAUUACAUAGCAAAGAUGUUCCUCUCACGACCGUCCAGGUCGAGGCCUUGGUGGUUAUGAAAAUCAUUAAACAUAGCUCACAAACCUUCCCUACCGUUGCUACCGGGUCCCUUGUCGGUUUGGAUGUUGGCAGCACCCUGGAGGUCACGAACACAUUCCCGUUCCCCGUCAUUGAAGCAAACACUGCCUAUCAGGCCGAAAUGAUCCGCAUGCUUCGCGAAGUCAAUAUCGAUGCCCAAAAUAUCGGAUGGUAUACUAGCGCGAACAUGGGCAAUUUCAUCAACUUGAAUGUUAUCGAGAACCAAUUUUUCUAUCAAAAGGAACUCAACGAGCGCACUGUUGCUCUUGUCCAUGACGUUAGCCGUAGCGCUCAAGGUAGCUUGAGCCUGCGUGCAUUCCGCCUUUCCCCGCAAUUCAUCAAUGCUUUCAAGGAGAACAAAUUUACUUCGGAGCAACUUCAAAAAUCCGGCUUUCGCUACCAAGAUAUCCUCGUUGAACUGCCAGUCCAGAUCCACAACUCGCACCUCCUCACAUCUUUCCUCCACCAGCUGCCAUCUCCUUUACCGUCGGAGCCUCUAGACCUUCCGGUGUCUCUUUCAGCACUCACCAACGGACCUAUCGCACAGUCGAACACUCUGACGCCUAACUUUGAUAACUUGUCGUUAAGCAUCGACCCAUUCUUGGAGAAGAACUGUGAUCUGCUUUUGGAUGCCAUUGAAACACACCACACUGAGAACAACAACUUCCAAUACUACCAGAGAUCGCUUGCUCGUGAGCAACAGAAGAUUGCCGCCUGGCAAGCCAAGCGCAAGGCCGAGAACAUCAGCCGAGCGACACUCAAGCAACCCGCCCUGCCAGAGGAUGAAUGGCAACGGCUAUUCAAGCUCCCUCAGGAGCCUAGCCGACUGGAGAGCAUGCUCAACAGCCGACAAGUGGAACAGUAUUCUCACCAAAUUGACGGCUUCGUUUCUUCGACAACUGGUAAGAUGUUUGCUGUCAAGGGUAAUCUUCUUCCUGGCGAGGUCAAUGAAUAGAUGAUUCAUGUUUAAUUCUUUUCAAUUUUUCUUCUCACGGAUUUUCUCUUUUACUUUAUUUUGUCGAUGUGGGCAUUUUGCAUGACUCUACGGCGUAGGAAGGGGAAAAUAUGUAUCUGUGACUGUCCAUAUCUGGCUCCUAGAACCUAAUGACUAUUAGAGAUGGAGACGAAUGACCAGUAAAAUAUUCAACGUUAUACUUCAUUGUUCUCAAAUAAACCUUAGGAACUGAUUAACACUGAUCUACUGCUUUGCUCUUGAAGCCUAAAUGGGUAUCAGGCUUGCAGAACGGUUGAUCUUAUCAUGUCCCCACAAGGGUCCGAUAAUGUACCUAUGACCUCAUUUCUCCUCGA